UACAUUGGUAUCAUUUAAAGUUCGAAUACGCGCGCACUGACCGCUGCGUACGAGCGUCCAUUUAAUUUUUUUCAUAUUUUUGAACGACAUUCUAAAUUCAAGUGUGUUAUUUUUUUUAAUCAUGUUGAGUUUAGACUCUCCUAUUUUGGGGACUGGGUUCAUGAAAGAAAGUAAAACAUUGUUAAAAGUGAGAUUGUGGUUUUAUGCGUUCUCGUAUGUGCAUUUAGUCACAGUUGCCACUUCGCUGUUGACUAUUGACUUUGGUGCUCAUGAUGAUCCGGAUAUCCAGAUGUACCAGAAGAUCAGGUUUAAACUGAUCACCGCUUGGUUUAAUCUCUUCACUUUGGUAUAUUUUCCGAUAUGCUUCUACUGUGAUUGGAGGGAACUUAGGGGCGAACAUGAGAGGAGCCAUGUGAAACUUCUGAAUCAAGUUAGAUACUUGUGCUUCACAAGCAUCCUUCUGCCGACCACUGCGUUCGGAGACAUCCUUUUCUGGCGAGUAUGGAAUUCUCAUCGAGAGCUGAUAGCACCGCCUAGUAUCCACAAAAUAGUGCCUUUUUGGUCCCAGCACUGCAUGCAUACGGUCUCGUUAGUGGUCGUGUUAAUGGACCUAGUACUGGUAAAGAGAGAGAGGCCGAAGAGUAAUGCGUUGAACAUCGGGAUUUUGACGUGCUUCCUCGUCGCUUAUAUUGUGGUGUGCGUCCAAAGUUUCCUGAAAGGUGAAUACGUUUAUCCUGGCCUCAAGCUGUUCACAGGACUUAAGUUCCCUGUGCUCGUAACUUAUGUGUUCGUAGAAAAUCUCUUCUACUACACCAGUCAAUGGUUUAUCGUCGACAUGGUAUGGGGCCAAGGAAAUAUGAAAAAAGUUAUAUGAAAAAUCUAGUUUUUAAUUAAUAUUAAGUAGUACUACAGUUUGUGGCCAUAUAAGUUUGCUAUCCUAAAGUUAACCAUUUGACUCUUUGAGCUUUCGUAUACAAGUAUAUCGAAAAGCAUUGCUUAAUGAAAAGCUAAAACACUGCUAUAGAUAAAAGCACAAUGCAAAACUUGUGUGGAUAUUAUCUUUCUAAAGAUGUAUUUAUUUAUUUAUUGAUUACUUUUUGCACAAUGCACCACAGCGAACUUAAAGCCUUAGGCUUUUUCUAGCAGUCUACUUUUCGGUGGUGAAGAAAUAGCAGUGGUAGAUGCACAGCUUUUUUGAUAAUCAUGGAUAACAACAAAUACAGAUAACAUACAUUCAUAAUAUUAUUUUUGACGGGUAAGUAUUUGAUAUGUAGAAAAAGUUUCUGACAUAUGUGGACAAAGACAUGUUAUGAGUUAGAUGAAUGGUAAACUUCAGAAUUGCAAACUUAUGUGGCGCGAACCAUACCGCUAUAUAUUUGGUAAAGGAUUUUUGCUAAUGUUAGAGGUUCAGUUAAUGUAUUCAAGCAUAAUUUUACAUGGUAUGACGACGGUUGAAGGAAGUUGAUUGAACGAAUUCUAAGCUACGUUAGAUGAGAAAUCUUGAUUAAAAUAAUUAGUUUUCGUCAUUGUUAUGAAAACAGGAAUAUAAUUACAAAAUUAUUUGGUAAUGUUUUACUUUUCAUUGUUUGAAAUAAAAUAUUUUGGCUAAUUAUUAUAUUACUGAUAGCUAUGUCAGCCCUAAUAUGUGUUUUCGAAAUGUAUUGAAUACAUAACUUGUAAUAUUGAAUUCUCCUGGCGAGACAUUAAACGUGAUAUUAAUAUAAUAUAAUUUAAUGAUUCCCACUAACAAUUUCCAAUUAUUAUAGGUACCUACCACGAUUUAAAAGAAUCUUAUGUUAAAAACCUUUUUUAAUGAAAUUCCUUUGUAUUUAUUCUGUUUAUAUAACAAUAUUUCAUUUAAUAUAUAUUGAACCUUGCAGUGGAGAGGUAAAUAAAUAAACCGAAUUUAA